GUAUGAAACUUCUAAAAAGGGGGUGGACACAUCGCAACGGAACGACACUUUACUCUUCAUUUCACGCCUCAGUAGUCGAUUACAGGAGUGCUGAACAUGACGGAUUCCCUAACCAAGAACACUUUCUGGUCUAAAGUGCGGUCUGGUACCAGCAAGAUCAGCUCUUUGUCAACAUCGCUGGGAAACCUUUCGCUCAGAACGGAGCAUGACGGGGACUCCAUAAACUCAACACUGAUACACAAAGCACUGGUGAAGCACUACAGAGAAACCGGACAGAGCUAUCCGGAAUGGCUCGGUGUUUCUCCUGAUGAGGAACCACCUCAGGAGUCAAAGUCAUUCUUACAUCCACAGCAAUUCAUGCGUCGUGAAAGGAACGAGCCACAGUCAGCUGGGACAUCAUCGGCUGAUAGUGCGAAGCCCAGAAGACCAGCAGCAAGUACUUCCUUCAAGGACAUCUAUGUACGUUCAUCACCUGCGCAAUCAGAACAGACACAGCAACAGUCGUCACAACCACCGCAGCUCCAGUCCCGUCCGUCGUUUGGCCAGUACGGCCAAUCACAAUGGAGCUCUUCACUACAAAAGGUUGAAAGUAAUGACCGCCAGGGCUCCUCGCACAUGAGAGACCGCUUGAAGAAGACCUCCUACAACCGUACGAACUUCGUGUAGGUCGCCUCCUCAUUGGCUCAAAAGCUUUUUAGAA